GAAUAGAGGACCUGGUCCUGUAGAGAGAGAGAGAGAGACUUCUUCUUCUUCUUCUUCUUCUUCUUCUUCUUCUUCUCCGCGCUAGUCAUCGUCUUCGUCCAUCAAAGGAGAGCUCGACCACCUGUAUCUCUUGUUGUGUCUUCCUACCAACUCUCACCGAUCUCUCCACCGGUGAUAUUCUUAUCUAUGGAGGUCAGCGUUGGUGUAAUCGGCGGCGCCUGCCCUUAGAUCGUAUCAUUUCUCGCUUUCUAGGGUUAAUUCUUGGCUCUUUUCUCUAUCCUUUUGCUCUUUCAGCUGAGCGGCAACCGUCCAUGUGGUUAAGGUUUUUUUUCUCAAUCCAAAGUGUGUGUUUUUUAUUAGAUUUUGAUUCUAGGGAACGGUUUGAUUUGUAAGGGCAAUAUAAAGUUGGAGGCUUUCCUAGUAUGAGCUCUGUUGACUGGUUCUCCGGUGCCAAGGUUGGAUUUUGAUUGGAUUUUUGAGCUGAGGCUGAGAAGAAUCUUGUACGAGCUUUUUUGUGCAAAAGACGAAGAUAGAAGAAGAUGUUGGAGGGACCUAAGUUCACAGGAAUCAUGGGCGGCGGUGGCCGAGGACACGACAAUGGGAGCAACUUGUACGACAUGGCGUUCUACCGGAAGCUCGGAGAAGGCUCCAACAUGUCCAUUGACAGCAUUGGGAGUCUCCAGACGAGCAACGGGGGUGGUUCCGUUGCUAUGUCAGUUGAUAAUAGCAGCGUUGGGUCAAGCGAUUCACAUACAGGCAUUCUCAACCAUCCUGGGCUCCGCCCAACCCAUGCCUCCAACUACUCUGUGGGGCAUAGCGUGGUUCGUCUGAGCAAAGGCUCAAACCCCCUCAGUUACGAUGCGCUGGCUCAGGCAUUGAUGGAUCACCGCCACCCUACUGGAUCUCUCGAGAACUAUGAUGAGUGGACACUUGAUCUUGGGAAGCUUAAUAUAGGAAUGGCCUUUGCACAGGGUUCAUUUGGAAAGCUAUACAAGGGGACUUACAAUGGAGAGGAUGUUGCUAUUAAGCUGCUUGAGAGGCCUGAGAAUGACCCAGAGAGAGCUGCUGUGAUGGAGCAACAAUUUGCACAGGAGGUCAUGAUGCUUGCCACCCUGAAGCAUCCCAAUAUAGUAAGGUUUAUUGGCGGGUGUAGGAAGCCGAUGGUGUGGUGCAUUGUGACCGAGUAUGCAAAGGGUGGCUCUGUCCGUCAAUUCCUGAUGAGAAGGCAGAACCGGUCGGUGCCACUGAAGCUGGCGGUGAAGCAGGCACUUGAUGUUGCCAGGGGGAUGGCCUACGUGCAUGGAUUGGGUUUCAUUCACAGGGAUCUCAAGUCAGACAACCUUUUAAUUGCUGCAGACAAGUCUAUUAAGAUUGCUGACUUUGGAGUGGCACGCAUUGAAGUGCAGACUGAGGGGAUGACACCAGAGACAGGGACAUACCGGUGGAUGGCACCAGAGAUGAUCCAGCACAGGCCAUACAAUCAGAAGGUUGAUGUUUACAGUUUCGGCAUUGUCCUUUGGGAGCUCAUUACAGGUAUGCUUCCAUUCCAGAACAUGACUGCCGUGCAGGCUGCAUUCGCCGUAGUCAACAAAGGUGUUCGACCGACUAUCCCCCAAGACUGUCUCCCAGUACUGAGAGAGAUAAUGACCUGCUGCUGGGAUGCAAAUCCUGAUGUGCGUCCCCUGUUCACAGAGGUGGUCCAGAUGCUUGAGAAUGCAGAGGCAGAGAUCAUGAGCACUGUCCGCAAAGCUCGCUUCAGGUGUUGCAUAUCCCAACCGAUGACGACAGACUGAAAAAUAUGCAUGCCUGACGUUGAGAACUAAAUUAAAGGCGGCCGCAGUGUAUUUUUAUCAAUUUACUCAAGGAUUGUUGAAAAUAGAUGAAGGAUUGGAUAGAUAUAGACAUAUAUUUAUAUAUAAAUAUAAAGAGAGUGACUGGGAGACAGAAAGAGAGAUGGUGUGGUUGGGUGUAUGUGGUAGUUCUAGUUGCUUUGCCUAUACAAACUGGCUGGUUAUAUUUAAGAUUUUUACUUUGGUUAUUUU